GAUGAGCUAAGAGAAUAAAUGGGGCAAAUCACAUGGGGCCUCUUGGGCUAUUGUAAAGAUUUUAUUCAUCUAAGAGUGAUGAGGAGGCAUUGGAGGGUUUGGAGCUGAGGACUGACAUGAUCUGAUCUGUGUUUUAACAAGGGAUCCCUGGGGGCUGCUGAACUGGGAAUAGGAUAGAAGCAAAGGUGGAAGCAGGGAGACCAGUUAAGGGGAGAGAUGAUGAUGGUUGGGACCAUGGUGAGAUCAGAGGAAGUAGGAGGGAGAGAGAAGAUACUGGACAAAUUUUCAGGGUAGAACCUACAGGAUUUACUGACAGAUCAGACACUGGAUGUGAUGGAAAGAAGUCAAGGGAUCUUGGAGAUCCCUCCCUACCAGAUAACAAGAAAAACACGAAAUAUUUACAUAACAAGAAAAAGAUCACAUUUGCUAUAUUAUGAAAAUAAGUACUUAAACACUGCACAUAAUUCCCUCCACGUUUGAACCACCAACCCUCCCCAGCCAUGGUGACAUCAGGGAGGCCAGGUGGGCAAGUCUCUCCACAGUCAGCCCCGCCCAGGCCCGCCCCUGGAGCCCAGGCCCCACCCAUGGCCGACCUGGCCCGCCCACCAGGCCCCGCCCUUGUUGCCAUGGUGAUCACCGGCGCUCGGGCCGCGUCCCGGAGUCUCCCGCGAGGCUCUGGUUGCUAUGGUGAUCGCGGCGCGAGACGCUGACGGAACACUUUUGGCUGUGAGCCCCAUCCCCGACGUCCCGGAUUCGUCAGACGCCCGCCUGUCCCGUGUGGUGCUCGUUGCCAUGGUGAUCGCGGCCACUGGACCCUCCGGACUAGGCAGCGUCAGGAGCCUCUGCAGCCGCCGCAGGACUCCCAGGAAGAAUGAGGUCCUCUGUGAUGCCUUUGGGGCCCACGGUGAGCCGGGACCGCGUCAUCACCAGCUUCCCUAAGUGGUACACGCCCGCCGCCUGCCUGCAGCUCCGGGAGCACUUUCACGGGCAGGUCAGCGCUGCCUGCCAACACAGAAAUACGGGGACCGUCGGGCUCAAACUCUCCAAGGUGGUUGUGGUCGGCGACCUCUACGUGGGCAAGACCAGCCUCAUCCACAGGUUCUGCAAGAAUGUUUUCGACCGCGACUACAAGGCCACCAUCGGGGUGGACUUUGAGACGGAGCGCUUUGAGGUCGCCGGGAUCGCCUUCAGCCUCCAGAUCUGGGACACAGCAGGACAGGAGAAGUUCAAGUGCAUCGCGUCUGCCUACUACCGGGGUGCCCAGGUGAUCAUCACGGCCUUUGACCUCACUGACAUGCAGACCCUGGAGCACACCAGGCAAUGGCUGGAGGACGCGCUGAGGGAGAAUGAACCAGGCGCCUGCUUCCUGUUCCUUGUGGGGACCAAGAAGGACCUUCUGUCAGGGGCCGCGUGCGAGCAGGCGGAGGCAGAGGCCGUGCGCCUAGCCAACGAGAUGCAGGCCGAGUACUGGUCCGUGUCGGCCAAGACCGGGGAGAACGUGAAGGCGUUUUUCAGCCGUGUGGCCGCCCUGGCCUUCGAGCGCUCAGUGCUGCAGGACCUGGAGCGGAGGAGCAGUGCCCAGCUGCAGGUCGGCGACGGGGACAUCAUCCGUACGUGCAGGGAUGGAGGGACAUCCACCCGAGACCCAGGACAGCAAGAGGCCCUCCAGCCCAGGUUGCUGUUAGCUGAGCCUGCGUCAGAGGCCUCCACUGCCUGCAUGCGUGUGGGCAGUGCCUCCCGUGACCUGGAGGGUGACAUGGAACACCCACCGUGCUGAGCCCCAGGGCUCCGCCUCUUCUCUUCAGCGGGUCGGGAGCCAGGGAAGGCCCCCAGUGGCUGCCCAGGGCCCCAUGCUGCCCAGCUGGUGGGGGCACUGAGGCUGUCAUCUGGAAGGCCAGUUGCACUUACAGAGUCACUCGACAGCCCCCCGGCCCCGGGAGGCUCAGGACCACAGGCACGGACACGUGCCCCCAGGCCCACGGCGCUCGCCCUGGGCACAGUCAGCAUCCCCUCAGGCCUCUUCCCCACUUUCCUGGGUCGGCCUCCGAAUCCUCCUCAUCUCAGUGGUCCAGACGAGCGGCACUUGCUGAAGUCAAGGCUCCCUGUCUGCUGCAACCCGGAUCGGGCAAGAGCACCCAGGUCUCCCCUCCCCAGCUCCCGCCCAGAGCGCCCAACCCUCUCCAUGCCCUCGUGUUGCUCCUCCUCAGGGGCUACUGAGCCCCCGCCCACCCCACUCUCCCCAACCCUGGGUGUGUGCCCCCCAGUCCUGCCCUCCGUGGCCAUAGGCAGGUGGCACGUCUGGCUCCCGCCUGUUUCUCGUAGAUGGUGAGCAUUUCGGGCAGCCAGGUGGUUAGCCGCCGGGAGACUAGGCGGCUUUUGUUCAUUCCCCCUUCACCACAUUUUAGGCUCUCCUUUUUUAUAGAUAGGAGAUACUUCUUUAUAUAAAUCACUCCUAAAGGAA